CACUGAAGCAUUCGUACAAGACGCGCGUGUUCUACGUUUUUUUCUCUUCCCUUUCGCUUUGUUGCACGCCAAUAAGUGUAUAUAUAUAUAUGCGCGCACUUAAUUAUUUUCCUUUCUUUUCAAAUUUUUUUUUUCUUCACAAAAAGUGUCUCUUUUUUAAUUAUUAUAAUUAUAAAAGUGCCUUUUCUAUUAUAAACAUAGUGCAAAUAUUUGAAAGAAUGUUCCAAUGAUGAUCCAUAAUACGAUCAAUAUAUUGGUUUGAAAUAAUAAAAACAAAAUGAUGUUUUAAGUUGCCAAUUUGAGAAAGAUGAUGAUGAUGAUGUUAGAAUUCAGUCUUUAAUUGUUAACGUGAGUCUUUUUCAUGGGAACAAGAAUUGGGAGCAGUUGAUUUUCCACUUCAAGAACUUUCACAUCAUUUAAAUGUUCCCGCUCAAGUGUCAAUGACCACGUGACUGUCCCUUUUAUUGACCGUGAAGUAUCCUGGAUUUUGAUUGGCUCGAAGGCCACGUGAUCGAAUGCACGUCACUUUUGCCGUCUGCUGCAGCAGCAUAGCUGUGCCUCUUUGUGAAUAACCAAAACGAAUCUUUAAAGGGACAAAGGAUUUGAGUUGUUUCUUUUGUACAUUUUCUUCUUGCUCAUAUACAUCAGUAACAAAGAAUCGUAAGGUUCUUUUAUUUUACUUUCUCACCUGCUGAAGUUGUUUACGCGUCGUUGUGCGCGAAACAAGAAGAAAUAAACUGUCAAAAAUACUACUUUGUAUAUGAAAAAUUUUGACAGUUCUCAUCAUCUGUCAUAUCAGUGCGUGUUAAAAAAAAAAUUUUUUAAUUUCUUUUAAUGAUUCGAUUAAGUGAUAGUAAUACCUAUUGACGUGAUAAUUGUGUUAAGAAUCUUGUGAAAAGAUGAGAAAAAUUGAAAAUGAAGUGUGAUAGCUAAUUUUUGGAGCGUGUAAAAUAGGAAAUUUUUUUUUUUUCGGGGAAAAUACAAGAAAGAAAGGGUGAGAUUUUAUAUUAGAGACGUGCUUUGUCAUGUCUCAAGGGAAAUUUUAAGAAAGUAACCCGACAUUUGAAAAUCGUUCACUAAAAUGUACAGCAUGAACUAUAUUGGCAAGUUCAUCAGUAACUUUCGUGAUUUUUACAAUGAAAUAAAUGCAGCAACUUUAACUGGAGCUAUUGACGUUGUUGUCGUCGAACAACCUGAUGGAUCGUUCACCUGCUCACCUUUUCAUGUCAGAUUUGGAAAAUUGGGAGUUCUUCGAUCUCGGGAAAAAAUUGUGGACAUAGAGAUAAAUGGAGAUGCCAGGCAAAUUCAUAUGAAACUUGGAGAAUCUGGGGAGGCAUUUUUCGUAGAGGAAGUGAGCUCCAGUGGAUGUCCAUUAGAUUCCGAAAUUCCACCGCAUUUAGCAUGUUCUCCAAUUCCCGAUGACAGUUGCUUUCCACCUAUCAGAUUUAAUUUACUCUCGGAACUUCCUCAUGAGCAACACGAGAAAAUACUUCGCGAUUCAAUAUUAUCAAUUGAGAGAGAAAAAUGGGAGCAAAUGUCCGCCUUGCCACCUGAUCAACGUGAAAAAUUUCUCGUUGAACAAUUUUCUGAUUUGCCAUUUGAAUUAAGAGAAAAAUGGCUUCAAAUUGCUUCAAUGACAUCGGAGGAACGUGACAAAAUGUUUAAAGAAUAUUAUGAAUCAAUAUCUACCUCACAAAAACAACAAAUGAUACGCGAACAAUAUUCAGCAUUGAAAAAUGAAGAUAAAGAAAAAUUAUUUAAAGAAAAUUUCCCUGAAUUACCCACGGAACAAAGGGAGAAAUUUGAAAAGGCAUUACUCACCGAUUGGCAAGAGCCAAAUUGGGAAAAUAAAGAGGAUCUCAUGAAAAAUGAAGUUGAUGAGGAAAUUUUUGAUAUGGAUGGUCUUGAUGGUGAUACAGUAUCAAUUCCCGUAUCAACACCAAAAUCAUUUAUAGCCGUGACAUCAACCGAUAGAAUUCGUAAGAUAAGUGUUGUUAAUAAUGAUUUUCGACCAAUAAUCGAUGAUCCACAAAGUAGUAGUAAGGAGAAAUCAAGUGACGAAUCAAAUACAUCAUCAUUGACAAAGAAAAAUUCCAAGGAUGAAAGUAAUGACGAUGGUAAAGGUGGCAAGAGAAAACGAAAGCGAAGAAGUGUUAUGAGAAAGAAAAAUUCACUAAGAAAAGCGAGUAAUGGCAGUAGUAGUCAAGCGGAAAUGAGCGAAAGUGAUAAUUUAGUUGUUGAAGAAUUGCAGAAUGAAAAUUCCAAAGGACCUGUUUCAGCAGACAUCGAUAAUAAUUCAAAAGAUUCGUCUGUCGCUCUAUCAACAACAACAACAUCAACAGUACUUCCAGAGACUGAUUUUCACUUCUUUAGUGAUACGGAAGUUACCAAGAAUCGGGAUUCCAGGCCAUGCUCGCCCGUUCAAUCGGAUUCAGAGUUUGAAGUUCGAAAAAUCACAUUGGAAACAACUGAUUUGGAUGAUGACAAGAGUCAUCAACAAAGUUGGAGAUGGGGUGAAUUGCCAAGUCCACCUCCAGAUUCGGCGUACGCUUCUCACAAGAAUUCAAUAAAUUCGACUGUUCAAUCAUCACAGAAUAAUGACACAGAGGCACGUCGGUCUAUGCUCAGUGGCAUGUUCUCCUUCAUGAAGAAGACUUCUCGCGUAAGGCACAAUCCAGAAUCAGAGGGAAUUUAUCUCAGUGAUAUUAAAGCCGACGAAUUGGAUCCCGAAGUUGCUGCUCUCUAUUUUCCCUCUUCCCAUCGUGGUCCUUCUGUCGUUAAAGAAGGAAAAAUAUUAGACGAAGAAGACGCAGAAUCUGGAAAUGGUCCAAGUUUACCGCAAAGUCCUAAUAGUUUUGAGGGCGUUAUUGGUGGACCAAAAUCUCUUGAUAGUGAUUUUGAAGAACCAAAGCAUUCUAUAUUUGAAAAUAUAGACGUAAGUCUUUCAUUAUGUGGAGGACUUGAUUCUGAACUUGGUCCAUCGGACGAUGCAUUUCAUCAAAAUCAACUUCAUUUUGAGGAUUUAUGCGCUGAUCCAAAAUUAUAUGAGAAUCCAAAUCUCACAGUGAAAAUAAAUGGAAAAUAUUAUAAUUGGACAACAGCAUGUCCAAUAAUAAUGACUCUUGCUGUAUUUCAAAGACAAUUACCACAAUCGGCAGUUGGAAUUUUAUAUUCUCAAUAUAUGCCAAUAUUAUUGCAUGAUGAUAAAAAAUUGGAAAAUGAAACAAAACCCGAGGGUCGCAGUAGUUAUAGUUCAUGGUUUUCAUGGCGAAGAUCGACAACUCAAACACCAAAAAAAUCACAGGAAAUUAAUCAAGAUGAAAUAGCACCUUCGGAGCAAGGCAACGAGGUAAAAGAAGAAACAGUAUUAGAUGAAACUGAUAAACCAAAUGAAGAAAAAAUAAAAACCGUUGAACCCGUACAAGUGAUAGUAACCGAAGAUGAUAAAGUUGAACCCCAGGUAAAUGUUCCUGAAAUUAUUCAUAAGGAAAUAAGUGACGUGAAACCGGAGAAAGAAGGAGAGGGAUACAGUGGCAGUGAAGAUUCUGACAGUAAUCAAAAUAAAACACCAGGUAUUAAAAUACCAAUAGAAAGGAGACCCUAUUACGAGGCUACUGAAAAAUAUAGAAAAACCCUCAGGCUUUCUUCUGAACAAAUUGCAACACUCAACUUAAAGGAAGGACCAAAUGAAGUUGUGUUUAGCGUGACAACAGCUUAUCAAGGAACAACACGUUGCAAAUGUCACAUUUAUAAAUGGCGAUGGGAUGACAAAAUAGUUAUUUCCGAUAUUGAUGGAACUAUCACAAAAUCGGAUGUUCUUGGUCAUAUAUUGCCAAUUGUUGGUAAAGAUUGGGCGCAAUCAGGUGUCGCUCAACUUUUUACAAAAAUUAAAAAUAAUGGCUAUAAAUUACUUUAUCUAUCGGCAAGAGCAAUUGGUCAGGCACGUGUCACAAGGGAAUAUUUAAAGAGUAUUAAACAAGGUGAUUUAUCAUUACCCGAAGGACCAUUAUUAUUGAAUCCAACAAGUUUAAUUUCGGCAUUUCAUCGCGAGGUCAUUGAAAAGAAACCUGAGGAAUUUAAAAUUUCCUGCUUAAGUGAUAUACAAGCAUUAUUUCCCGAGGAAUCAAAACCAUUUUAUGCUGGAUAUGGAAAUCGUAUUAAUGACGUAUGGGCCUAUCGAGCAGUUGGAAUUCCAAUAAUGCGCAUCUUUACAAUUAAUCAUCGUGGCGAAUUAAAGCAUGAACUGACCCAAACAUUCCAAUCAUCAUAUUCAAAUAUGAGUUUCAUAGUAGAUCAUUUGUUUCCUGCUUUACGUGAAGACGCGGCAGAUGAAUUUAGUCAAUUUGCUUACUGGAGAGAACCAAUUACCGAAAUGAAUUUCGAUUCUUUGAUCACUGAUUCUCAAAGUACAUCGAAAAUUGCUGCUGCUUCUUCUUCUUCUACUUCAACGUCAACACGAAAAUAAGAAAAAAAAAAUUACACUCAAUGUAAUCAUCAUCAGUUUUAAGUAGCUUUGAAAAAAAAAAUUGCUGUUGUAUUUUUUCCUUUUUUUUAAAUGAAUUGUAUGUACAUAUAGUUUCAAUUAUGGUGGAUUUUUUUUUAAAUCAAUUAUUGCUAUAUAUAUAAAAAAAGUUCUCGUCUUUGGUGUUUAAAUGCAAAACACAUUCCAAGGCAGGUGAUAUCAGAAUUAAAUGAUUAUAAUUUAAGUUACCGACACUGGCUGUCUUUAGUAUUAAGUUUUAUUAUUAUUAUUUUUUUUUUUUUUUGACGUAAAUUUGGUGCCUAAUAUUUGUAGUUUUAAAAUGUGCCUAGCAAUGUGAUCACAAUUUUCAUCAAAGUUUAAGAAAAUAUGAAUAUUUUGUUUUAUGAAAUUUAAUAUGCGGGCAGUUAAAGAAAAAGGUAUCAAUUAUGACAAAUGCACUUAGUUUACAAAUAUAGCAAAAUCACCUAGAAAUAGAAAUUGACUAUUUUAGGAUUUAAUUAUGUAAAAUGACUCGUGUCUCAGAUUUACUGGAUUAUUGUUCAAAAGCAAAAGUCUAGUCCUUGCCAGUAAUUCAAAUCGCCUUAGUACAAUUUUCUUUUUAUUUUUUGAUUUAUAUUUUUUAAGUACUAAAAAAAAACAAAUGUGUGAAAGGAUAAUUAAAUAUUUUAGACACUAAAAACGACACUAAAAACACUUUACUAAUAUUUAUAAGACGCUUCUUUUUAAAAAGUGCGAUUUGGAUUAAUUUUUUUUAUUUUUUACAAACUGUUUAUGUAAAAAUUAUUUAUUUUUCAUUUUUGUGAAAUGUCAUUUUAGUUUGUAAGCUACGUGAAAUUAUGUAUAUUAUAAUGAACGAUUGAAGAAUAGGAUUUGUGAUACCCGAUCAAAUAUUUUUACAUUGUAAUUAAUUUUUUUUUUUUUUUUUGCCCGCUUAGCAUUCCAUUGUACCUAAUUUUUACAUUUUAAAAUGAAAAAAAAGAAUUUCUAAUUUAAAUUUUAUUUAUUUUUGCAAUUUUUCUUUUUUCGCCAAUCAAAAAUUAUAUAAUAUUUGGAAUGAAAAAUAAAAUAAAAAAAUAAUUUUGAAUAUUGAAAAUGGUAAAAAGUGAACUUUUUUCUAUAUAAAUAUAUAUAAAAUAAAUGUAGUGGUGGUAAAAAGAGGGUACAAAUGCAUUUUACCAAAGAUAGUACGAAUCGAGCGAAUAUUGUUCACUGCACAUGGAAAUGAUGAUAAUUAUUGAAUUUAAUGAAUAAUUCGCUGGUCGAUUGUGUUUGCUGUCCUCAUAAUAAUACUCCUUUCAUCAAGUGCAAAAAAAAAAAAAAAGAAAUCAUAUGCGUUGUAUUAUAAAUCGUUUCCUCUAUAUAAUUUGUAUAAGAACUACUGGAAUUUCUAGAAUUUUUGUCUCAUAUAUUUUACGCUAGUUAUGUACUACAUGGUAUAAAUACAUUUAGUUUCUCUGAA